AUGAUUCCACCAAAUCAUGCCGUCCGGAUCGUGCAAAUUGAUCAUCUUAAUAAGGGAGCGUACAUGUUGCGGACCAUAGAAAGUGGACAGACGACACCUCAGGUGGUCCUCCCUCUGAUGGACCACCUGACCGAACAUUACCAUUACCAAACACGUGUAACGACCGGCCAUACUGCCCACAGGUCCCCGGACGACCCCUCGGAUGGACCAAGUAUGGCAGAGAAGCUGCAGGAGCUGCUGCCGGAGGCCCAGGUGGUGAAGGCCCUCAACACUAUGUCUGCUUACGUCCUCCAGAGGGGAGACCUCUACGCCGGCAGACAGGUGCCAGUGUGUGGUGGCACUACACCAGCAAGGACACGGGUGAUGGCACUGGUGAGGGACAUGGGCCUGGCGCCCGUGGACAUGGGCGGCCUGAAGAACGCCCGCGCCCUCGAAGACAUCCCUCUCUCCUUCUUCCCCGAGUGGAAACUGGCCGCCAUCGUCACAGGCAUCAUCUUCGUCGUGUUUUGGCUCCUCCCGCUCUUCCGAUCACAGAUUUGUCCCAAUCUGAAGAGCGAUACAGCUUGGAAUUGGAGUUAUUUCAACUCUCUUCCACUCAGCGACACUCAGUUCGCUUUGGCCUUCGCCGGCUGCCUUCUUCUGCUGCUCUGCUACAUCCCAGGAAUGAUGGCCGCCUACCUGCAGCUCUGGAGAGGAACUAAGUACUCUCAAUUCCCUGACUGGCUCGACGCCUGGCUCAAGGCUCGCAAGCAGUUAGGACUUCUGGCUCUCCUGCUGGGAGCCACACAUGGGUGUAUGGCCAUCUUCUCCAAAAUGAGCCAUCAGAUGCAUGACGUCUGGUAUGAGUCGACCUACAUCGCUGCUGGUGCCCUCCUGACGGCGGUGAUGGCCGUCAUGGGGAUCACAUCACUGCCUUCCGUGUCGGCCAAACUGACGUGGCGGGAGUUCUCGGUGCUGCAGCGGUACCUGGGCUGGGCCUCCGUUGUCCUGGUCACCCUCCACCUCACCACUGCCAGUUUCAAGCAUUUCCUCCAGCCCUUUGCCUGUGCAGUCUUGCCGUCGGGGUCACAGAUCAUGGUGCCUCUGUGCUUCCUCACACUGCUGUUCAAGGUUCCCCUGCUUGUUCCUUGUGUCGACUCUUAUUUGGCCAAGAUCCGUGGAGGCUACGAGAGGCCAGACCGCCGAGCAACUACCCAGCGAAGUAAAGAAUUAGUUGCCUAAACAGAUGGUUCUGAUAUAAAUUACAUGAAGAGAAAACAGGAAAUGCUUUUCCACUCAUAGGGUUAUAAACCCCAUGAAAACGUCUACCCACCAAAGCCAUAAAUGCCAAAACACUACCGCAUUGAAAAUCCAGCCGGAUAAAACCAUCUGGACAAAUGGCAGGGAGACCUUUGACAAACCACUGACUUCUUGUCCUCGUCAAGGCCACUAAACAUGGUGGUCCUCAGGUAAAUGAACAUUGAAAUAUACAAAAAAUACAAUUAAAUUUUUUACACAAUUAAUUUGUGUCAAUUUGAUCAGGAAGGGUAAACACACAUUUGUCUCAUCUCAGGUUUUUCACACCAGUAUUGCAUUCAUUGCUUCCUUGUUAAAUUUUGUAAAUACAUUAAUUACAAAAUUUUCAAUAUACCAUUGUUUUUGUUUUCUGUAAAGGCAUUGAUUCCUGCAAGCUUGUUACGCUGAUUACAAAAUUUUCAAUAUACCGUCCUGCUUGGGGUUAAUUGUGCUCUAAUGUAACAAUGAGUAACAAGCUUGCAGAAAUCAAUGCCUUUACAGAAAACCUGGCUUUCUCAUACAAAUUUAUGUCAGAACAACCUGAUGUUUUGAUGUUUUGAUGAUGCUGAUGUUUUGUUUAUCUUUUGACAUUUAUUUUUGUUAUUUUUUAACAACAUAAAAGUAAGCAACAGUGGUAUCACCCAACUGGUCUGGUUGGUAACCCAGCACACCCAGACUCAUUGGAACCGACCAUGUAUGCAGAUUUUCCAAGCUAAGCUGGAUCUUACUGGGUUAACAUGUCCUUCCCUGCAAACACAGAACUCAAUUGCAAUGUUCUGAAAUGUUUGUUUUUCUUCUUGUAUAAUGAUUUGUUCAGUUCCUGCAACAUUGUGUGUAGCACCUCACAAUUCUCAGACAGCACCGAGAAACAUUGUGCUGUAUGCAGAUGACGAGUUACAAUAACGUGGCUUAAGAUAUGAAAAAUGAGGAGACGACGACAUUUCGGU